UCUCCGAUAGUUGUAAUGAAAAGUUGACGUUUAUAGUAGUGAAUUUAUAAUUUACAAUGUCAAAUAGAAUGUUUCUCGGAUUAUUUUAAGUUCUAAUUAAUCAGUUAACUCUAUUUGUUUCUGUCGCUUUUCAAAAAUCAUAUUUUUAUUAGUUCAUUUAGUCAGCAAAGACGUGAUCGAUGUAUCAACAAAAAGACCUGCUGAUCUUUUCGCGAACGUUUAUAUUUGUGGAUCGUUUUGUUGACGUUAAAAACGUCAACUAUACUUUUUAUCAAUAUAUUUCCUUUUUAUAUUCUGUUGCAUUAUGAAUUGCGUCAUGAAAAUCGACGAACGUGAACGUCAAGCAAGUACAAUGAGUUUAAAAAAAGAAGAAACAUCUUUGACAGUGUCAAUAACAGAACCAUGUUCUGAAAUGAAAACUAUUACGGACUCCAAAAGUCCACAAAUUCGUAUUGUUCGUGGUACUAAGAAAUUUAAAGUAGAUAAUACUGACUGUACUAAUUGUAACGAAAAAAAAGAUUUCAAGGAAGAUGACAAUGCAGAAACAAAAGUAAAAUCUUUAAAGCGAUCUUGUGAAUUGUGGUCGAUGGAGGAUAAAAGUGCUUUUUUUAAAGCUCUCAAAGAAUAUGGCAAGGAUUUUGAUGCUCUUCAGAAUUUUUUUCAAACUCAAGGAAAGAGAAAAGGCCUUUCUGACCCUAUGAUUAAAAACAAAGAACAAAUAAGGCAUUUUUAUUAUCGAACAUGGCUAAAAAUAUCAAAGCAUCUGAAAUUUUCAGAAGAUGUAAAAAAAACCUCACAAGAAUUAUAUGGUUUAAUUAAUUAUGGUGAAUUAAGAAGAAAGUUGCCUCGUACACAUGAGAGAGUUAAUUUAAAAUUAAAUGAAUUGAUUUAUUGGGGAUCUACACAAGUAAGACUUCAAGGAAAAACAAUGAGGAUAAAAACACCGAUAUGUAAAGCUUUAAGAAAAUUGAACCAGUUGGAAGAUUGGCAGGAAGAUAUAAAGCUCCCGCCUAGGGUAACCGUAGAAUUAAGGCCUCGCAAUAAUAUGGCAUGGUGGAGGGUUCAAGCUUCUUCGAUGAAUCCAAGGGUACGUACCCUUCUACCGAUACAAAGACGUCUCUCUAGCUUGCUAAUAUUCUUGCAACAACGAUGGCAGCCCCCGAAAUACAAAACUUAUAUCAAUACAGAGAACGUAAAUAUAGAAGAUUUAAAAGAUACUCGUCUGUUGCGUCUUGCACCGCCAGAAGGUUGCAAAAUUGCUUUGCCUAUGGUGAAUCUAGGCGAGUAUUUGACAAGCAAUAGCGUUAGUUUGAACUCGUACGAAAGGCGUCUCGGAUUGAAAAGUUCACGAACUGAGUUGUUGGGAGCAGUGCAAUACUUGAAGGGUGUCAAUAAGAAAGGAAUAAAAAGAUAUAGAUUGGACAAAAGAUGUUUAGAAAGGACAACGAGUGAUCAGUGUGCACCAAACGAUAACAAUAGUGAUGUUGAUCUUAAUGAUACGACUGGGAGUGUAUACGAUAAAUCUGCAGUUCUAAAUAACGAAAAGAAAUCUCCCAUGGAACAGGCAAUUGAAUUACAUAGAUAUCCAGGCAGGGAAACGGUUGAUAGGAUUCGUAGAGGUUGGAAUAUUGAGGAAACGAAUACGAUGACGAUGGGUGAUUUAUUUCUUAUGUUUGGACGCGAGUCGAAGAUAACUCUAGAAUAUUGGUGGGACUCACAGCCAUGGAGAGAACACACAACGGAAACAUCAUUAGGAGACCAUAGUCUCUGUUUGGCUUUACAGAAACUUUUGUCUUUAGCGAAACACAAUUAUGGAACGAACAAAGUCUACGAUAAUGCGUCGGGAAGUAACGAGACUGUGAUCUCGUCGCGUGUACUUUCGAGCAAAGAGUCGGCUUUUAGGAGACCGCUGAUACCACAAACUUAUCACAAAAUCGGAGCACCUGAUGCUUUUAAAACUCAACUAGACAAAUUCAAAACGCGUUUUUGUAAGAGAGGCAGAACAGUUAGACAAAAGAGUCUUAUCGUUCAAAGGUUAUUGCCGAUAACGCCUAGUGGCAACGUUCAAUCGGAAAAUGUGAUUUUCUCUGAUACACCGAUGACCAGUCAAAGUAAUAAUACUAGUAAUAUCAAUAAUAAUAACAAUAAUAAUAAUCCAUUGGUGGACGGUAGCGUUAUCCAGGAUGACAAAAUAUCAGAGGUGGAAGACCAAAGAAAUAAGAAUUUCUUACCGAUGGAUGGCAUCGAACCGGAGUCCAAUCCGAAACCAACGAAUUCUAUUAUAACCAGUGCUACGCAAAUACUUAAAGAAGGUGAAUGGUUGAAUAGCGAGGUCGCUGAUUUCUCGUUAAGCAGCUUUCUAGGACAGCUAGAAUCGCCGUUAAAAGGCUCUCAAAGAAGUCAAGUUGGAGGACAUACCGUUGAGGACGUUCGACCCUCUUCAGACGUUGUAUCGCACAUGCAAUGUCUGAUGGCCGAAAACAGCGUGGAUUACAUGGCCAAAUUCGCAAAUCUUGCAUCACAAAUCGCGGAUGACGAGCAUAAAGCGCAAAUAUUGUAACGCAAAACUGGUACCUGACUUGACGACAUGAUGUUACAUUUAUAAUUAGAAUCAUCGAUAUUCUCACAUUUAUAUAGUGUAUACACGUGUGUCUAAAAGCAUAAUAAACGUUAUUUAUUCCACUUUUA